ACACGGAUGAUGUUCUCGAACGCGGCCCAGUACAUCAAGGUGAGCAAAGCUCGUCUUAACGACCGAUAUGCUUUUUCGCAAAUACUUGUAUUGAUUUGUAUUUUUAUGUGAAAGGAAUCGUCAGAAACACAAAUUAAAUAGAAUUUACAUAAUAAAUUAAUAAAAGAGAAAGAAAAGUGUGUGGUCGGAUAAUUUAAAAGUUUUGAAAAAAGGUUAACAGAAACUGAGUCUUUUCGAAAAUGGCUACUAAUAAUGAUGAUAUUGUAGAUCAAACAUUGUCAGAAAAAUUAUUAGAAAAAGGACGAAGAUCACCAUUUCUUGUAGCAAGUUUAAUAGGUUUGACAGGUGUCUGUGGCUAUGGUGCUUAUGCUUUUAAGAAGAGGAAGAUAUCUACACAGUUAUAUCUAAUACAGCUACGAGUUGCCGCACAAGGAACAGCAAUAGCUUGCUUGACAAUAGGAAUGGGUUACCAUAUGAUAAAGAAGCAUAUUUUGCAUGAUGAGAAUGAACCAUAAUAUUAAACAUUAUGUUUAUAGUCUAAUUGUUUCCUAUAUAUAAAAUGACAAAUUUAUAUAUAUAUAUGUACACAAAAUUUGUCAUAUGUAUGUAUAUAUAGUGAUAAUUAUGAAAAUAUAUAAUAUAUAGUAAUA